AUGAGUACCGGCGCGGUCAAGAACCUCCGUGCUAUGUUUGAACAAAAAUCGGGCGAGAGCAACUCUCCAGAGCGAGGCAGGUCUCCUGGUAUCCCACGCGGUCCCGGCACCGAAUCUCCCAGACCACUCUCCAAAAUUCGGACCAACUUCAUCGCGAUUGAAAAGGACGGUAGGGUAGGCCUUCAGCUUCAGCGGCUUGAAGGAAGUCAAGAUUCUGGUUCGGUUUUGCGCAGCGGAGUCACCACGCCCACAGCAAGCACAGAGCGCCUGAACCCGUUUGACACAAUGAUCAAGUCCCCUCCUCGGACAUCGUUGCUCAACCAGACUAUCAGUGACUCUCCGCAAACGGUGCAGGAGAACAAAGAAUCGCCUUCUUCUCAAGGUCAGCCGAGCUCAAAGCCCGAUACGUCCGCAGCUCCUGCGGCAAAUGGAACCAAAGAGUCCUCUCCCGAGAAGGCCAGGCUAUCACAGCCCCAGACGACGAAGGCUACUGAGUCAAACGGUGGAAAAGACCAGAAGCCUGCCGAGCGCGAGCCUGGUAAGACUAGUUCGCACACAUCAAAGCCUACCCCAAAGCCCAUCGCCGUCUCGUCAGCAACCAAAUCAGCUCCGAAAGCCUUGAAGUCACCCAUCAACUUGAAAGGCCCAAAGAGCCCGGGCGAGAACCAAAAUGAACAGGUCCCUGUGAAGAAGACUCCUGACAAGAAACCUCACCCUCCUGAAAAGUCAACAAGUCCCCGGGCAUCCACCACUUCCGUUAAGACCUCGACCUCUGUGACCGCAAAGAAGUCGUCUUCGGUUACAUCAUCCCCUCACACUAGUUUUGUCAAGCCCAAGCCCAAGUCGCCAACGCGCCCUGUCAAGCUCCCUCCCAGCUUGACUUCGCACACGGCCGCUUCGGGAUCCAAAGUCACUUCGCGUCAACCUUCACUGUCUCGUCCCAGCGGCAGUGCCGCUACAACUGGCGAUUCUCAUGGACGCCCCUCCAGCAGGGCAAGUGUUAUCACCAAUGGAUCUGUGGUUCCAAAAUCACAAGCUCCAAAGCGCCUUAGGAGGCAGAGCUCGACCAUCAAUCGGCCGCGGCCAAGCCUAGGCCCGCCCCCCAAGCAGCCGGCAAAGGAUCAUCCGCCAACUAAAAAGGAGAAGCCUGUAGAUGAAGGGUUCCUUGCUCGUAUGACACGCCCUACUCAAGCUUCGGCCUCCAGAGCCGCCGAGAAGGCCGCCCACAUCACUGCUACUAAGAAGCCGGUGGCGGCGGCAGCACCUAAAAAGACGGUGACGACAAAGACUGUGAAGAAGCCCGCAUCGAAGCCCACAAGUGCUGCAUCCUCUUCGACCCAGCCGCAGAGCUCGACCACUGAUAAACCCAAGGUUGAGGCCGAACCAGCUUCCCAUGCCCCUUCGACCAAACCUGAUCAGGCUAGGGAAAACAAGCCCGAUCAGAGGGCUGAGACUACCCAGCAGGCUCCUGCAGCUGAAGUCAACGCUGCCCCGGAAUCGGAUGACGCCAGCAAACAGGAGCCCACUGCUAGCGACAUUGAUGUGGCGAAUGAGAGUGUUGAAACACCUCAGUCGUCUGAAGCGACAGCGCCAAUCUCCGAAGAUCCAGAGCAGAGUGUUCCUCAACCUGCGGCCGAGGCACCGCAGGAGCCUGAUAUUGUGGCAGAAGCUACGCCAGUAGUCGGGACUGCAGAGGAAGAAGCCGCAGCCGCAGCUGCGGCUGCAGAGACCAAACCAACGGAGGCCGCUGAGGGUGUUUGUGCCCCGGGCAAUGAAGAAGCUAAGAAGGCCGAGGAGACAUCGGGGUCAACCUCUUAG